UCUGAGAAGGGAAGAAGGUGGGGGAAGCGUUUGUCACCAUCCAUCCCAUUUAGGUGACUUUUUGUAUCUUUUUCUUUCUUUUCCCUACUUCCUCAGAAGAAAAGAAUGAACUAUUGACCAUGGAGAUCUCACUGUUCUUGGUCUUCCUCUCUCUCACUUAUGGUGCUUCUCAGCUUCUAGACACCAAACAAUUUUUAAUCUACAAUGACGAUCACAAGCGUUGUGUGAAUGUAGUGAGUGCCAGUGCUGUUCAAACAGCCCCGUGCAACCAGGAGAGUGAGUCACAAAAAUUUCGAUGGGUGUCCAAAACCCAGGUGAUGAGCGUUGCACUUAAAUUAUGCUUGGGAGUGUCCUCCAAGAACGAUUGGGUUCCAGUCACUCUUUUCCCCUGUGACUCGAAAAAUGACCUUCAGAAAUGGGAAUGCAAAAAUGACACCCUUUUUGGAAUCAUGGGAGAAGAUUUAUAUUUUAACUAUGGAAAUAAGCAAGAAAAGAAUAUUAUGCUUUACAAGGGAUCGGGGCUGUGGAGCAGAUGGAAAGUCCAUGGAACUGGUGAUGACUUAUGCUCUCGAGGGUAUGAAGAAAUGUAUACGUUGCUGGGGAAUUCCAAUGGAGCACCAUGUGUAUUCCCUUUCAAAUUUGAAGACAAGUGGUAUGCCGACUGUACUUCUGCUGGCAGAUCCGACGGCUGGCUCUGGUGUGCGACUACAGAUGAUUAUCAGACAAACAGACUCUAUGGGUUCUGUCCACUGAAAUUUGCUGGCAGUGAAAAUUUAUGGACCAAAGAUCCAUUAACUGGUGUCUCCUACCAGAUAAACUCUAAAUCGGCUUUGACUUGGCAUCAAGCAAGAAAGAGCUGCCAACAGCAGCAAUCAGAGCUAGUGAGCAUCACAGAAAUACAUGAGCAAACAUACCUGACAGGUUUGACGAAUUCAUUUACCACAGGACUCUGGAUCGGACUUAACAGUUUGAAUUUCAACAGUGGGUGGCAAUGGGCUGGCUUCAGUCCUUUCAGAUACCUAAACUGGCUUCCAGGAAGUCCAGCACUUGAACCUGGAAAAAGCUGUGUGUUCUUGAAUCCUGCAAAAAAUGCCAAAUGGGAAAAUGUGGAAUGCCUAACGAAACUUGGAUAUAUUUGUAAAAAGGGGAACAGCUCAUUAAAUCAAUUCCGCAUUCCCCCAGAAAGUGAUGUUCCUGUCUCCUGCCCAAGCCAGUGGUGGCCAUACAGUUCACUGUUACAAAUCAAUAGAGAACUCAUACAAAGAGAUGCUACGGUCUGCCUGCAAAAGGAAGGAGGAGAUCUGGCGAGGAUCCAUACUAUAGAGAAUUUGACUUCAUUUUUUUCCCAGUUUGGGAUACGGUAGAAUUCCGACAAGUACAUGGACACAGAUACGCUGUGGAUUGGGUUAAAUGAUCUCAGGAUUCAAAUGUAUUUUGAAUGGAGCGAUGAGACCCCUGUAACCUUCACCAAAUGGCUGCCUGGAGAGCCAAGCCAUGCAAACAACAGGCAGGAAGAUUGCGUUGUGAUGAAGGGAAAAGAUGCGUACUGGGCUGAUCACCCCUGUGAGAAUCAUUUUGGUUACGUCUGCAAGUCAAAACCACUCUCCAAACCACCUGUAGUGGAAGUAGAACAAGGCUGCCAGAAGGGAUGGAAAAGACAUGGCCUUUACUGUUAUUUGAUUGGGCAAACACUUUCAACAUUUGCAGUAGCAAACCAGACCUGCAUAAACCAGAAGGCUUAUCUUGCUACUGUGGAAGACAGAUAUGAACAAGCCUUUUUGACCAGUCUUAUCGGAUUGAGGCGAAAAUAUUUUUGGAUUGGACUUUCAGAUGUAGAAAACAAAGGGACAUUUAAGUGGACCAUCAAUGAAAAUGUUGAAUUUACCCACUGGAAUUCAUUUAUGCCCGGACGAAAGACAGGGUGUGUUGCCAUGAAAACUGGGAUUGCAGGUGGCUUAUGGGAUGUUCUGAAAUGUGAAGAGAAAGCAAAAUUUGUCUGUAAACACUGGGCAGAGGGAGCAACUCCUCCACCAGUACCCACAACCACCCCUGCUCCAAAAUGUCCAGAUGGAUGGAUUUCCAGUAAUAGAAAAAAUUUGUGUUUCAAGGUUUUUGACAAAAGCAAAUACAGUAAGAAAACAUGGUUUGACGCUCGUGACUUUUGUAGAGCAAUAGGUGGGGAUCUUGCCAGCAUCACCAGUAAAGAAGACCAAGUUACAAUAUGGCAGAACAUAGGUACUUCAAAUUACCAUGAUGUCUUCUGGCUGGGGUUGACAAUCGCAAAUACCGAUGAGGGAUUUACUUGGUCUGAUGGUUCCCCAGUGACAUAUGAAAACUGGUCCUAUGGAGAACCAAAUAAUUAUGGCAACAUUGAAUUUUGUGGUGAGCUGAAGGCUGAUCCUAGCAUGCGCUGGAAUGACAUUAACUGUGAACUUCUCCGCAACUGGAUUUGCCAUAUCAAAAAAGGAGAUGAUCUGAAACCAGAGCCAACACCUUCCCCUGAAAGCAACCCCACAGUCACUGAAGAUGGAUGGGUGGUCUAUAAAGAUUACCAGUACUAUUUUAGCAAAGAGAAAACCACUAUGGAAAAUGCACGUGCAUUCUGCAAGAGGAGUUUUGGAGACAUCGUUACCAUAACGGGUGAAAGUGAAAAAAAGUUUCUGUGGAGAUAUGUUUCCACGCUUGACUUGGAGCCCACAUAUUUCAUUGGCUUACUCAUCAGCCUGGAUAAGAAGUUUUCAUGGAUGGAUGGCACUAAAGUGAACUAUGUGUCUUGGGCUCCAGGUGAACCCAACUUUGCCAAUGAUGAUGAAAACUGUGUGGUCUUAUAUACCUCUUCUGGGCUUUGGAAUGACAUAAACUGUGGUUAUCCCAAUGCCUUUAUCUGCCAGCGACAUAACAGUAGCAUCAAUACCACUGCCUCUCCCACACCAGCUCCACUCCCUGGAGGAUGUCGGGGCGGUUGGAAGUUAUUCCAAAACAAGUGCUACAGAUUCUUUGGAUUUAAAGUAGAAGAGAGGAAAAGUUGGCAAAAUGCACGUAAAGAUUGUCAGAGUUCUGGAGGAAAUCUGGUUUCCAUACACAGUGCAAAAGAACAAGCAUUCCUCACCACUCAGCUGAAGGCUUCUAAGCAUGACAGCUGGAUUGGAAUGAACGACAUCAAUGCAGAGAACAGAUUCCUUUGGACAGAUGGCCGAGGAGUCCAGUAUACAAAUUGGGCAAAAGGUUUUCCUGCUGGACGAAGAAGCCUCCUUUCCUAUGAAGAUGUUGAUUGUGUGGUUAUUGUUGGAGGUGCAUCGCUGGAGGCAGGAAAAUGGAUUGAUGAAAUCUGUGAAAAUGAAAAGGGCUACAUAUGCCAGACCGAUUCUGACCCUGCCCUGCCUCAUUCUGUGACGCCAGCAACUGAGGACUUCAUCAAGUUUGGUGACAGUAGCUAUUCAGUCAUGGCGAUGAAAAUGAAAUGGAAAGAUGCAGCAGAUUACUGUGAAAGUAUCUCCUCUCAAAUUGCCAGCAUCCUAGAUCCCUAUAUCAAUGCAUUCGUAUGGCUGGAAAUGCAGAAGCACAAUGAACCUAUCUGGAUUGGUCUGAAUAGCAACUUGACUCAAGGUGAAUAUGCAUGGGUUGAUAGAUGGAGAAUGAGAUACACAAAAUGGGCUGCUGGGGAGCCUCAAAUGAAAUCAGGUUGUGUCUAUAUGGAUCUGGAAGGAUUCUGGAAGACAGCACCUUGUAAUGAAACUUAUCAAUUUCUCUGCAAAAAAUCAGAUGUAAAGCCCUCCACGGAGCCUCCACAAUUGCCUGGCAGAUGUCCAGAUUCAGAACAAACCUCUUGGAUCCCUUUCCAUGGUCAUUGCUACUAUAUCGAAUCUUCCACUACAAGAAGCUGGGGCCAAGCUUUGCUGGAAUGUAGCCGAAUGGGUGCAAGUUUGGUUUCCAUUGAGUCAACUGUGGAAUCGACCUUUCUGACAGACAGGGUUGAGCCACUUAAAAGCAAAACCAAUUUUUGGAUAGGAAUGUUUAGAAAUGUAGAAGGCAACUGGCUUUGGAUAAAAACACAUCCAGUAUCUUUUGUGAACUGGAACGGAGAGCCCUCUAGUGAUCGUAAUGAAGACUGCGUGGAACUCUAUUCUUCAAGUGGACUAUGGAACAACCUUUACUGCUCUUCCUACAAAGGGUAUAUUUGUAAAAGAGAAAAAAUUGUUGAUCCUAAACCUACUACUCAGCCAUCGCUAAAACCAAACGAUGGACCAGAGACUAGAAAAGCCCCUCAUAAUUCAGCUGGGAUCAUCGUCGUGGUGGUACUCCUAAUUCUGACAGGAGCUGGUGGUGCUGCAUAUUUCUUUUACAGGAAAAGACAAGUCCGAGUACCACAAGAAGCGAUUGACAACACCCUUUAUUUUAACACGGGAUCCACUCCAGGAACUAGUGACACAAGGAUCUCAUGGGCCAAUAUUGAACAGAAUGAACACGCUCUCAUUUAGUGAAAUAACAUGAGGACAUUGAUCAUUAUUGUGUUUGAUAAAUUACCCUUUGGGAUAAAACUUCCCCCCAGCCUUGAGCGCAAGUGAUUGUUUCCAUGUGAAAUUUUAUUAUUCAGUUGUGUGCCUGUCUGUUCCCAGCCCUUUGCACCACUGGUGGAAUGGUUGUUCCUUUUCUAGGUCGGGCAAGAUUUUUUCUCAAGAGAGUAAGUAUAAAAUACUUAGAAAUUAGGCUUAAUACAUCGGCCCUGUUUAAUUGUUGUUGGUCUCUAUCUAAAAUAUGACUGUAAGAGAGUCCGUCAGAUUCAUGUAAAUCUCACAAACACACACAUACACAUACACACACAAAAGCCUCAUAAUCUUAAGGAACUCUUAGAAAAAGCACAUGCCUAAUUCUGCCGAAAUUCUGCAAACAAUCUUCCAGGAGAAAAGGGUGAUUGGGUCAUAUUUCAUGUCCAUGUUCCAUAAUGAUAAGACUUGAAGGAAUUGAGAUUCAGACAAUUUCAGGUGAUGUAAAAAAUUCAGGCAUGCUCCUUUGGGGCAGUUUUCAUUAUUAACAGUCAUUUCAUUUGUAUUAUAUAAUUUUGAAUUGUAGUUUCAUCUGAGAAAACAUGGUUUUACAAUGUGAGUGUUGCAAAUUUUAUAACUUUUGUCCUGAGUAAUUUUAAAAACAUUUCCCUCAGGGAACAGUGGGGUAUGAAACAAACAUUUAAAGUUUGCUUCAUCCAUCUCUUUAAGUGAUGUGAAAUAAAGAGCUCAAAUAAGGUCUAUUUUUAAAA